GCUUUAUUAUUUUUUUCUUUUCUCUUAGGUUUACGUCAAUGUUGUAGAAAAACAAAAGUAGCAUCUGCAACUGAAAGUGUGGCACCAUGUUGGAAUUGACUAAGGUGGCACUCCUGCUGUCUUUCCUGGCGUCGGUGGCUCUGGGCCAAGGAUAUGUGAGGACCAGGAGCCAGUCAGACAGGAGCAGGAGAGUGGCCCUCAACACAUUCACUGACACCCAGACAACAGGUGUAACAGAGUGGACAUCCUGGUUCAACAUUGACCAUCCUGGGGGGAAUGGAGACUAUGAGCGCCUUGAGGCGAUCCGUUUCUAUUACAGAGAGAGAGUCUGUGCGCGGCCCACGGCCAUGGAGGCCCGAACAACAGACUGGGUGGCAGCGGCAGACACCGGGGAAGUGGUCCACUCCAGUCUGGAGAAGGGCUUCUGGUGCAUCAACAAGGAACAGCCUGUUGGCCGUGUUUGCUCCAACUACCAUGUCCGCUUUCAGUGUCCCCCAGUGCAGAGCUACUGGACUGACUGGAGUGAGUGGGGUCCCUGUUCAACCACGGCUUGUAAUGACGUAGGCAUCCAGGUCCGCCAGAGGCAAUGCAUCAGUACCCAGCCUACGCCUCUCCUGUUGGUGCCAGCGUGCCAGGGGCACCAUUCAGAGCGGAGGGAGUGUUCCACCCCUCCAUGUACAGCCAAGUGGAGUCCAUGGGGUCAGUGGGGAACAUGUUCAGUGACCUGUGGUGGAGGUCGCAGAAUUAGGAGGAGGACCUGUGUGAGGACCUCAGUGACAGUGCAGUGUCCCGGACGGCCUGCUGAAAUACAGAAGUGUGGGAAGAGGCCAUGCCCAGCCAAAUGUCAGCGUGUGUGCACUGAGGGUCGUCCCAGCGAGGACUGCAGCCGCUGUGUGUGUGACGGCCAUAUGCUGCAUGGAGAAGCCCACAGCCUUACUGGUGUCCCUGUGGCAGGAGCAUGGGUGGCUCUAGCGAGCCAGCCCAAGACCGUCCUUGCCCGUACAGAUGCCAAAGGUCAGUUCAGGCUCACGGGAGUCUGCUCCUCCAGCUCGACCUUGGUCACCAUCAGGAAGGAGAAGUUUUCCCCAAUCACUGCCUCCACCUUCAGUAACACCACGGGGGUGUCCUGGGUAUGGGCCGUCCUCAAAUCAGCUGAAAAGCCGUACAUUGUGAAGCACCCAGAGGACAAAGUGCGUUAUGAGGGAGGACGGGUGAUGUUUUGCUGCAAGGCAACGGGAUCACCGACACCCGAUAAAUACUACUGGUACCACAAUGGGACUCUGCUGGACAGGAAGGUGUACAAGUACGAAGAGGACCUUGUACUGCGGGACCUGAAGCUGGAGCAGUCAGGGCAGUAUUACUGCAAAACCAGCAGCCCUGCAGGCAGCAUCAAGUCCUCUCCAGCAUUCCUCUCUGUGAUUGCAAAAGGAACGCCAGCAUGCAAUUCCACCCCUGAGAUGCACCUCAUCAGACUGCCUAUGGACUGUGUUCAACCUGGGACCGAUUCCAAGUACUACAAUGCUGGCCGCUGCCCUCACAACAAAUGUGCUGGUUCCCUGGACUUUGAUACGCGCUGCAGAGAUGGAGUUGGAUUCUGCUGCAGCGUUCAAAAUAUGGAAAGUCGAACCAUUGACUGUGGGAGCUACAGCCUCCCUAUCAGGGCGGUGACACAGUGCAGCUGUCAGAAGUGUGUGCAGCCAACUGUGCUGGUUCGUGGCAGAGUGGUGACGGCAGACAAUGACGAGCCUCUGCGUUUUGGGCACAUCUACAUUGGUAAAGAGAGGGUGGGCACCACGGGAUACCAAGGAGGCUUCACAUUACAAAUUACUCCUGAUACACAGAGAUUGGUGGUAAAUUUUGUUGACCCCAGUCAGAAGUUUCUUGACACUCCUAAGGUGUUCAUCUUCGACAAGAAAAGUGGAUCCAUAUACCAUGAUGUGAAGGUGAUGAGAAAGCAAACACCAAUUGAUAUCAAUGCAGGAGAGACCAACUCUAUUAACCUAGGAGAAAUCAAAGGGGAAGACCCCAUAGGGCAGCUGGUUAUCCCUCCCAACUCUUUCCAUAAGGACAACGGAGAAAUCUAUGAGGGGACUGUAAAAGCCAGCGUCACAUUCAUUGACCCUAGAAACAUCACCACCGCUGCUGCAGCGCCUGGAGAUCUCAACUUUGUGGAUGAUGAGGGUGACAUGCUCCCUUUGAGGACCUAUGGCAUGUUCUCUGUAGACUUCAGAGAUGAGACCAACAAGGAAGUACUUGGAGCUGGAGCAGUUCAGGUCCUCCUUGACACACAGCAUGUCAAAAUGCAAGAGCAUAUUCCCAAAAUGAAACUGUGGUCUUUAAACCCGGACACAGGAGUCUGGGAGGAGGAGAGUGACUUUUCAUAUACCACAACGACUACCGGUGGUCAUGGGCGGAGCAAACGAGAGGAGCGCACAUUCCUCAUAGGCAACAUGGAGAUCCGAGAACGUAGACUCUUUAACUUAGAUGUGCCUGAAAACAGACGCUGCUAUGUCAAAGUGAGGGCCUACAUGAGUGACAAAUUCCUUCCGAGUGAACAGUUAGAAGGUGUUGUGAUCAGCUUGAUAAAUUUGGAGCCCAAGCCUGGAUAUUCAUCUAAUCCUAGGGCAUGGGGCCGCUUCGACAGUGUCAUAACUGGACCCAACGGGGCCUGUUUACCAGCUUUCUGUGACGCCCAGAGGCCCGAUGCUUACACAGCUUAUGUUACUGCAAUGAUGGGUGGGGAAGAACUCGAAGCAGCUCCUUCCUCCCCCAAGAUGAAUCCAAACAUCAUUGGAGUGUCUCAGCCAUAUCUGGAUAAAAUAGACUACCAGCGUUCGGACCAUGAGGAUCCAGCACUGAAGAAAACAGCCUUCAGAAUAAACUUGGCAAAGCCUAACCAAAACAAUUUUGAUGAGACCAAUGGGCCAAUAUAUCCAUAUCAGAAUUUAAUAGCUUGUGAAAAUGCCCCUGUUGAUGCAAAUCAUUUCAGAUUCUUCAGAGUGGAAAAGGACAAGUACGAAUACAAUGUUGUUCCUUUUGAGGAAAAUGAUUUGACGACCUGGACAGGAGACUACCUUUCCUGGUGGCCUAAUCCCCAAGAGUUCAGAGCAUGCUUCAUUAAAGUUAAGAUCCAUGGACAAAAAGAAGUGAUGGUCAGGUCAAGGAAUCUGGGAGGGACACACCGAGAAACAACAGGCAAACUAUACGGCAUUAGAGACAUUCGCAGCACCCGGGACAUGCGAGAGGCCAAUACCUCAGCUGCCUGUGUGGAGUUCAAAUGCAGCGGCAUGCUGUUUGAUCAGGCUGAGGUGGAUAGAUCCCUCAUAUCAAUCCUUCCGCAGGGAAACUGUCGCAGGAUCGGCACCAACAGCCUCCUACAAGAGUAUCUCAUCAAGCAUCCACCUGUCGCUCAAAACAACGAGUCCUAUGCGUUCACUAUGCUAGCUCCUGUUGAUCCUCUGGGGCACAACUAUGGCAUCUACACUGUCACAGACCAGAAUCCCAGGGUGGCCAAGGAGAUUGCCAUUGGGCGCUGCUUUGAUGGCACCUCAGAUGGUUUCUCCAGGGAGAUGAAGUCAGACUCUGGAGUGGCAUUGACCUUCAGCUGCCCUGAGAGGAAAAUUAACAGGGAAAGCCUCUUCCAGCGCCUGCAGACCAAUCCGGGUCAGACGCUGUCUCAGAUGGCGAGGGAUAUGAGGGAGCUGGAGGGCCUACAGGUGCAGAGAUCAUCCACCCAGGUGGUGGCGUAUCCUUCAGUGCAACAGGGCAGGACCCAGAGUCGCAGAGUCAGCUCUACAACCAGGAGGAGAACGUCCAUGCGCACACAGCAGCGCCAAUAGAGGUGCCAAGAGGUAUUCAGUUGAGACUGAUACGACAGCAUCAAGUCGAGGAAGAAAAACUUGUCCGUCUGUUGAUGAGUAUGAACUCUCUCUUCACCAUGAAAAUCACAAAACCGAGGCAGACAGCAAUUCAGCAGAAUCACCCAGUGUGUUUGAAGAUAUUCAUUAGUCUUAUACUUGAAGGGAUUGGUAUAUUCAUUUCUUCCUUCUUUCCUAAAAGACACGCAUCAUUUGUUUAUAUGUUACACGGUGACUGGCAUUUAUUUAAUUUGCUUUGGUCUAAUUUUAUGAAUGAAUAGACUAAACUGACGGUUAAGAAUGUAACUUUUAUAGAUCUAAUUUGUGGCAUUCCACUUUCCCUAUGGUGGGUGUUUUUGCUGAUGUCUCUCAAUACUUGGCUUGAAACCAAACCUUGAAAAACUGUAAUUACUAUGCCAGGCCCCAAACACUUCAUAAUUGGCCGUUGCUUUCCAUUGAACUUGUACUUUCCUUCAAGAUCAGAUCUGGUGUUGUGUGCGGCAGACACUGAGCCUUUUUUCUACAAACUGAGAAACGCUCUCCACCAAUGGGAGGCACACUCAAAAGAGACAGCGUGGUGAGGCAAGCCACCCUGGGAACAGAGGAUGUUUUCAGUCAUGCUUCUUAAUGUUUGUCAUCCGCAUGCCAACAUUGCCAACUGUGAUUCAGCCAAAUGUCUUUCCACACCUACGUAGAAUGUGCAAGACCAAGGCCUUCGCCAAGACAAACAUGGAUCUCACUAGUAGCACGAAGUAUAAAAUCAGUAUAAUUAACUGCAAGGUAUGACAUAAUUUCCUUUUGUCCUCUGCACAUUCCAAAUUAGCACAUCACCAGACAACAUGUCACUCAAAAGCAUAUAUUCCCCAAUAUUUCAUUUUGUCAGAAACUGUUACAGAGGCUCAUUCACGGUCUAAAUUGACUUUUUUUUAGUUGUUGGGUAAUGUGUUUGUGAGCUGCCUUUAUAUCAUGAAGUGCAAUAACUAUGUAGUAUAAUUUAACGAUUAAUGUAACAAACUAUUACAGUGCAUGGAAAAAUGCUGCUGGUGAAUGAAACAACUCCUUCGAUACAUGCGGCAAGUAAUGUGGUUAAGGUGUUUGUGUGAGAUCUUGCACAGGACUCAUUUUGAGCGAUUUUCAGCAAAUAAUUUAACUGCUAUGUAAUCAUUCUUCGACUUUCUGGACUGUGUAGAAUCUAUUAACCUUUUCAUGCUUUGCUGCAUGACUCAGUUGAUUUUACAGAUUGUACACCACAGUAAUCUUUUCAGCUUCAGAGAACAAUCUUGUUAGUGGGAGUUAAAACUCGGCGGAGUCUUCUCCUCAUUAACAAAACCCACUGCAUGAUCCUUACACGAGAGCGAUAAUUAAGAAGUGCCACACUUAUGAAUUUACUGGCCAGGUUUCCAUAAAUCCUGUCACGUUGACAGUAUGAGCAACAGUAACAGUAAAUUUAAAGUAUACAUUUUGAAAGAUAUUGAGACACAUACAUUAUUAGACUUGGAUAGAACAAGUAUUAGAGUUGGAGUCAGUAAUAGGAAGAAACUUUGCUCAGUGAUAAAAGCUCCAAACUUGUUUAUCUGCAAAAUGAGCUCUUGCCGACCCAUGGGAGAAAUUCUUCAAGCUGAACUAAUCCAAAACCAAAUAAGGGGGGGACCGUGGUCCAUGGAGAAACUAGGGGAGGCUGACAAGUAAAUAUAAUCCUGCUGCUAAUUAGAAAAUAAAUUACAGGUUCUCUUGAGAACUAUGAAAACAGUUUGACCCUGACUUUCACAAACAGCCAAACAAGUUAAUUUCCAGGAAGCAAAGGAUGAAGUUAAGUAAUCAACAUUAUACUGGGCCCAAGAGGAUCAUGGUCAAACACGUUAACCAUCAAAAUGGCACCCGGUUCACAGUUACAUUCCUACUGUGCAACAGCUUAAUCAUGUUCUAAAAAGUGCCAAUGUGAAAUUGUGUAAAUGAAAAUUAACCCCACACUUGAACUUCCUGCCUUCCUGCCUCGCUUCCUACAAUCUCUUUCCAUUAUAUACCAUGAGCAGCAUACUCCAGGAAACAGAAAGAUAUAGAGUGACAGCUUGUGAUGCCUUCGCCAUCAUCACUGGCCUCUCUAAUCAUGAGCCCGUGGGUCUUCCACAGGCUGAACAGUUCAAAUCUCCAGAUGAAAACAAACAUCUCCCUCCAGCAGACGCAGCAUCCACCCUAUAAGAAAGAUGAUGAUUGGAUCCAGGUGUGGGAAGAGAUAAGUCCUAUAAAAAUGCACUGGUGUGUGAGGUCAGCUGAGGAGGCCCAACAGCUGUAGAGCAACUGGAGGAAAUGUUAGACCAAAUACAUCAAGAGAAAGAGGAGUGAGAUUAUCUAGUGAUGGAUUUAAUCAUUUUGGGGUACUGUUUGGUAAAGGGGAAAAAAAGGAAGGGAAAAUAUUAGUGGUUUUUGGCCUCGCUGUCCAUCACUUUACAGAAUCUCGGGCUUCGAAAGUGGUUGCACAUGGAAGAAUGCAGGUUUUCGGAGGAGAAUGCUUUGACGGGAGAAUUGGCUUAUUCAUGAGGAGAAGUUAUCAAGGGAGUUUGAAGGACAAGGUAACAAUAAUAGGCUGAGUAAACCAUUAUGUAAGGCUUUGCAUGGGAAAGUAAGCUGUGCUCUCCAAACUUUACUUUGUCUUCUGGGGAACUUCAAAGGAGAUUAAAGAACUUCUGCAAUGUUUGGUUUAAUGCCUUAAGGAAAAGUUUCCAAAGUCUUUAGAAUCAAAUAAAGAGAGUUUCAUCCUGAAUCCAACCGAUGAAAACACAUAGCAAAGAUUCAUUUUUAAUGGAAAGGAAAUGUUUAUCUCAUUGAGCCUCUGUGGGAAUAGUAGCAAUCAUAACAAACGCUGCAUUUUACAGGGAUUUCAUUCAGUGUUAAUAUCACACGUACAGAUUAAUGGAGCUUCAUGUAUUUUUGUUUUAUACCUUUAAAGGAUAAGUUCCACGUUUCGGGAAGUAUGCUUAUUUCUUCAGUUGCAGAAAGUUAGAUGAGAUUAGUGAUACCACUCUUAUAUUUGUAAGGUGAUUAUGAAGCUGCAGUAAACAGUUGGUUAGCUUAGCAUAGCAUAAAGACUGGAAACGGGGGGAAACUGCUUCAUGUUUUCUGUGCAGAUAUGAGAGUGCUAUCGAUCUUCUCACUGAAUUCUUGGGAACAAAGCGAAUGACUGUUAAUGAAACAAUAAGCACAUUAUUACAGUAACAGCUGUUCUGAGGUCUUGCUCGACAGCUGGCAUUUUCAAGGAAAAUUACAUGUUUGUAAUGACUGAAAAGUGAAAAAACAAACUGAAGUUGAUUUCUUUUAAAAACACUUGGCCUGAUUUGGCCUCUCUGUAACACAAUUUCAGUAGGUGCAUGUAAUUCUAACCGGCACUAUUUAACUUCAGGGCAGAAACGACUCUCAAUCCACCAGAAACAACCAACAAUUUAACUCAAGCGUGAACAGAUAAUUCCAUUUUCUCCUCUGUACAGUCCACCUGGUCUCAGGGAGAUCAUCAUAAUUUAUUCAGGAGAUCAUCCUUGAACUUUUCCACCACUUUCUGGAGUAUAAGAAGAGAGUUGUAUAUUUGCCACUGUGCUCCAGUAGAAGAAUUGCAUAUACAAACUCUUGAUAAUCCUCUCUAAGCGCUUAACUAUUGCAUGGUGAUGCCAAUCUCUUUUUUUCUCUGAAUUAAGUUUUAAUGUGUAAAUUGUGUAUUGUAUGAAAUCCACUAUAAUUGUACGAACAAGAAACUGUAAAUAAAUG